GCCCAAGCACGGUCCCACUACCUGACUGAAAAAGCCGCAAGUAAAUAAUUCCAUCUUUCUAUAAGUGAAUUAAUAAAAUGUCGGAGGUAGAAAGUACAGAAGUAAAGUCACCGUCAUACGACCUAUCCAAGUUUCGGCUGAAACGGAUCCUAACCAACAACAGUGUCAGAAAAAGCAUAUCCCUUCUGGGCACUUUUCCGGACCUCGGAACCGACGAUGCCAUUGUUGUUUUUGAGAAAAAUGCAUACCGAGAAAGUGAUGUCUCAACGGAGUCGCCAAGUGAGGAUUCUCCAAAAAAACCAAGUUACUUUGAUCCGGAGCUGAAGGUGAAAACUGAGUUCAUUAACAACAUUUAUGGCAGUUUUCAGGUUGUGCCCAGUCGAGAUCUCUGCGGUGUCAAGAGCACAGUUAUUUAUCCCGCCACCGAAAAGCACAUCGAGAAAUAUUCUGUUUGCCAGAAGUACCUCAUUCGGGAGACACCUGAUCUCUACGAAAAGAUAACACUUCCAUAUCUUACCUCAAGCCAGUUCUCCCUAGAGUGGGUAUAUAACAUACUUGAGCACAAGCAAGAGACGGAACGUAUUGUGUUUGAGGACAAGGACCCGGACACUGGUUUUAUCUUGCUGCCCGAUCUGAAAUGGGAUGGACGCAAUGUGGAAACCCUCUAUCUGCUGGGCAUUGUCCACAAGCAUGAUAUCAAGUCUCUACGGGAUCUGAAAGGAAGCCACCUUGAUCUGCUGCGGAAUCUGCGCCAGGCGUCGAAGGACGCAAUCUCUGAGCGUUACGGCAUUAAUCCCAAUCAGCUGCGCAUGUACUUUCACUACCAGCCAUCCUUUUAUCACCUGCACGUCCAUAUAAAUCCGGUUCGGAACGACGCUCCAGGCAUCUGGUGCGAGAAGUCUCACAUGCUGGACACAGUGAUCAACAACCUGGAGCUAAUGCCGGACUAUUAUGAAAGAGCAACAUUACCGUUCGUCCUCUACGAGGGCAACAAGCUAUUAGAUCUCUACGAGGAGGAGCAACCAAUUCGUGUUGUGCCCUUAUUGAGUCAUGACAAGAAAUCUCCUGUUAUGGACUCUUCGGCCGUCGUGCCAAUAGAAGGGUUUAGCGAUGAAGAUGCCGAAGAAAGACAGUGCAAACGUAUUAAGUUGACCACACCGGAUCCAAAAGAAGCUGAAGCUGCUGUCCAGGCGUGUGCUUAGUUACUCUCCAUAAAAUAAGAUUCGAUGACUUACAAAUGGAUUUCUACCCAGAAAGGGGUAUUACUUAAUGAUAAAGCUAAAGAAAGAUAUUAAUCUAUACAUACUCAUUCAAAUCAAAAUAAAGUAAUAUUUUUUGGAAUAUUAAA